AUGUGUUAUCGAGUAUUCUCGCUUCUGGGAGAUCCGCAAUACCGGUAUAUCAAGUUCUCGAAGGCGGAUGGUGAUUGCUUACGGGUGGGGGAUAUCGUCACUGCUGCUGCUGCUGCUGCUGCUCCGGGAUUGGAUACGACCACGGUCUCUAUCAGUAUUCUGGUUCCGGGGGAGGACAAGUGGAUAUUCUGGAACGAGCUCAGCCUUGACCUUGAAAGGGUCAAGAAGCUCGAGGGAAGUCAUGAGGCUGAGAGGGCGGCUGCUACGAUGCUUCUGGUGGAUUAUGACUUUGUUAUUUUUGCCCGGGUUUGUGGUUACUUUCGUUCCGGCACGUGGCAUGAUGUCGGGGAGCGGCAGCGUACGGGUGGUUGGAGUCUAUUGGGAAGGGAAAGUUUGUUGAGGAUGACGAGGAUCGUAACGAGUGAUCUUCUCGGCUGUGUGCGUGGGAUCGUGUCAUACUUCCGUCUUACAAGUGGUUCUGUAUUGUCUCUACUGUACACGGCGAGCGAUGAUACUGGAUAUCCUGAUGUAGAACGAGGACUCGAUAACCCUCCCUCCAGGCCCAACUCACCCAAAGAAGCUGCCGUUGAGUAG